UGAGAGCAGCUUUUACCUGAGCCUCCUCAUGCCGUUUUCUCCAUUUUAGAUAUGUCUAGGAGUCAGCCUGAACAGGAGAAGAAGUCUCUAGACUCUUUUGUCUGGGUAAAUGAGAUCACUGGAGAAGUCACCUUCCCUCCAGGGGAGGAGAGCACACCGGCAGCCUCUGGAGAGAAGCGCCUUGCAAGGUCGGGGUCUCCCCAUGGGCGCACGCCCCUCACAGCUGACGCUUACAGUCAGGCUUCCCCGGCGAACCCCAAGGCUGCAGGGAAAGGCCCUGGGGCAAGAAACCCCCUCCUGCCCGACCCGUUCUCACUUGGGGGCGCUCUGCCAGCGCAGUGCCACCUGGGAGUGUCCCCUCCGAGAGCCAGCCAGUCUCCUCCCUGGGCCCUGCCCUGCAAGCUAAGGAACAUCCUGACAGGAAACAACCGGUUUUCCUUUUGAGCCAGGGAGUGCCUAGAGGGUCUCUA